CUAGCUUUCUCUAACUUAAUUAGUAUCAUUUAUAUGAUCAUGGCAUCUAAACCUUUUGCCAUAUUUUCAGUCACUCUCAUUCUCCUCAUUUCUCUUUUAUCUAGUGCAGCUUUAGCACACUCACACUCAAAAACUGAGAAAUCAUCAGCGUUUGAUUUCCUUAAACAUCUUCAAGGAUGUCACAAGGGUGACAACUUAAAAGGCAUCCAUGACCUCAAAAAAUACCUUGAGAAUUUUGGCUACUUGAGCUACAAAAAUCAAUCCCAUUCCAAUGACGAUGAUUUUGACGAUCUUUUAGAGUAUGCCCUCAAAACAUACCAAUUCAAUUACCACUUAAAUGUCACCGGAUUCUUAGAUUCUGAAACGGUAACAAAGAUGAUGAUGCCUAGAUGUGGGGUGGCAGACAUCAUCAAUGGCACAACUCGAAUGCAAUCCAGCAACAAAAACCCUCACCACCACAGCUCGACCUCUUUCCAUACGGUCUCUCACUAUGAAUUCUUUCCAGGAAAUCCCAGAUGGCCGGCUUCUAAGUACCAUCUCACUUACGGAUUUCUUCCUGGAACCCCAAACCAAGCUAUGGAACCGGUUGCAAAGGCUUUUCAAACAUGGGCCGCUAAUACACAUUUCAGGUUUACUAGGGUUCAAGAUUAUAGAGCUGCGGAUAUUACAAUAGGGUUUCACAGAGGAGACCACGGCGAUGGAAGUCCUUUUGAUGGCCGCGGCGGAACUCUGGCUCAUGCUUUUGCACCACAGGAUGGAAGGUUCCAUUAUGAUGGUGAUGAGCAUUGGGCAGUUGGUGCAACUCAAGGAGCAUUUGACGUAGAGACCGUUGCUUUGCAUGAAAUAGGGCAUCUCCUUGGGCUUGGACAUAGCUCAGUUGAGGGUGCAAUUAUGCAUCCAUCGAUUCAGCCCGGAGCCACCAAGGGUUUACAUAGCGAUGACAUUCAAGGCAUUCGUGCUCUGUAUAAUGUUUGACAGGUUUUAAUUCCUUAUGUUCUGCGUAUGAUUGUCUUUUCUUGCAGGGUUUCACAAUUUUAUAUAAGCCAUAUAGGAUAUAACGAUAAUUUAAGCUAUAAAAUAUAUAUGUAGCUUGUUCUUUUUAUAAGAAAUAAAAUAUAGAGCUCA